UUUUAAAUAAUACGGUUUUUGCAUGCACAUGACAUUUUGUAUGUUAUUGUUAAAUUGCGAAUUAUAUGUUGUAAUGAAUAUUGUAGAAUCGGAAAGAGCAAUUAAAUAUUUUCAAAAAAUACACGCCUCUGUCGUGUUUACAGCUGAUUGCCAACAUGAAAAUCAUUGAAUGAAUACCUACAACAUGUCAACGGAAUGUCAAAAUCAGAAGUGGGAUUACAGAUGAUUGUGAACGUUUGAUUAUUUUGUUAAUUUACAAGUAUUUAUUUACUGCGUGUUAGCGUUUACGAGAAUGGAGUUUAUAGAGCUCAUUCACAUAAAUAAAUUAGAUGGUGUUAUCUUAAAGUAUCCGCACCAAGAAACUGUCGAUGGGACAGUAUGUAUAACUGGCCACCACUUAAUUUUGAGUUCAAGAAAAGAAGGCGUACACGAAUUAUGGCUACUACACAAGAACAUAGACAGUAUAGAAAAAAAAGAAAACAAGGUGACGGGUGUGACCCUCGGCGGCUCCCUGUUCCUUAAAUGUAAGGAUCUGAGGAUAUUCCAGCUGGAUAUAGCCACCACAAACGAGUUGAACCAAAUGGCGAUUACACUGGAGAACUUGUCCAGUCUACUAGACCCCAGCAUGUUCUACCCAUUCUUCUAUAGACACAUGCACCCUAUUGUGGAGAAUGGGUAUACUUUAUAUAGCAUAGAAGGUGAAUUUACGAAAGUUCUUGCGACGGAAGAGUGGCGCGUUUCCCGCGUGAACCAGAAUUACUCAGUGUGCUCGAGUUAUGGGAAGGCGGUUGUGGUUCCCAAGUGCAUUGAUGACGAGACCCUCGCGGCAGCCGCUACCUUCAGACAGGGAGGACGCUUCCCCGUACUGUCGUAUAGACAUAAUAAUGGGGCAGUACUGAUGCGUGCUGGCCAGCCACUAUACGGGCCUAAACACCGGCGAUGCAGGCCUGACGAAGCGAUUCUGAAUGCUGUAGUGGCUAUGGGUACCAAAGGCAUCAUAUACGACCUUAGGAGCUCCAACUCUAUAUCACAGCAACAAAAUAAAGGUGGUGGAACCGAAAGCAACUCAAACUACUCCCAGUGGAAAAUCUAUAACAGAUCAAUGGAUGAAGUGGAUCAACAGCAACCGCUACUGGAAAGCUACGGGAGACUCGUUGAAGCGUGUAACGACCGCGAGAUAUCGAGUGACAAGUGGUUGUCGCGGCUGGAGUCGUGCGGCUGGCCCGAGAGCGUCCGCAAUGCGCUGCACACCGCCUGUAUUGUCGCGCAGCACGUGCAUCAGAAAGCAGAGCCGGUGCUCAUCCACGGCACUCGCGGUGAAGACGCCACGCUUCUAGUCUGUUCUCUAGUCCAGAUCAUACUCAACCCAGACUGCAGGACUAUACGAGGGCUGCAGGCCCUGAUCGAGCGCGAGUGGGUGCAGGCGGGCCACCCGUGGUACUCGCGCCACCGCGUGGGCCCGUACGCGGCGCCCGCCGCCCGCGCCGCGCCCACCUUCCUGCUGUUCCUGGACUGCGUCAGGCAGUUCCUCGAGCAGUUCGCCUGCAGCUUCGAGUAUAGGCAGAGCUACUUGAUUACUCUGUUUGAGCAUUCGUAUGCUAGUCAGUUUGGCACAUUUCUAUGCGACAACGAGCAGGAACGUGAAACCCGCGGCGUGUACACGCAGACCACCAGUAUCUGGUCGUGGCUGAACCAGCCAGAUGAGCUGCCAAAGUACAUCAACCCGCUGUACGACCCGACGCCUAAUGUUAUCUGGCCCUCGGUCGCGCCAAUGAGCUUUGUUAUAUGGGAAGAGCUCUACCUCCGCUGGCUAGUAGAGCAGCACACGGAAGAGCGAGAAGAACAGUACGGCAAGAUCCGCGCGCGAGAGCAGCAGCUGCGUGCGCACGCGCAGCAGAUGCGCAGGGAACUGUUCGACCUCGCGCAGCAGUACUACACGCCCAAACAAGAAGAUAAGUAACCUUGAAAAUUAAAGUUGAGCUAUUUAUUUUUAAUUUUGAAAGUUUCUGAAGGCAUUUUUCUGUGUUUGCGGUUGAAAACGUAAAUGAUGCCUUUAAAUAACGAUCUGAUAGCGAAUUGUUAAACAUGAACGCGUCUUACAGCUGCUGCUUACUGGUCGACUCCGCGUGCUUUAAUAGAGCUUAUGAAAAGAUAAUAAAUGAAAGAAAAACUUGAAUUUUAUAAUAUUAAGGGCCAUUGAGACGAUCAAACAUAAUUGUGUAAAUAUGCAACAAAAAUAUACAAUUUCGUCAAACGAGUUUUAGACACGUGAAUUUUUGACAAACCUUUCAAACCAAUUGCGUAAAACGUCAAACACGUUUAGGUCAAAGCAAAAACUACUCGAUAUAUUUAAUCGUCUCUGCAGCCCUGCCCUUGUUGGCAAUCAAUUUGACCAGUAUCCUACCGAAUUAUAUACUUAGAAAGCUAAAUCAAAAAGUUCGCGUAUCACAAAACUACAAUAUACCUUUACGCGAGUACUGCAAUCAGAAAUUCAACAAUAUUGAAGUGCUUAUAAAUGUAAUUUACAAGUGAUACGAAUAUACAUAUGUAUAUACUUAAUAAAAUUAACCGGUUUCGAGGAUCUAAGUAAAAAAUACAUUUCUACUAUUACCUACUAAAUCAUCGCAAUUGUUACCAUAGCCAGAAAUUUCUACCAUUACGCAAUUUAUAAAUAAUUAUACGAGACUUAGAAAAUUUGUCAAAAUGCGUACUUUUACGUAGUUUAAUAAUAGAUUUUAAUUUGUUAGUUUUAAGUGAAAAUAUGUGUAUUAAUCCCAAAGCUAGCCGUAUGGCUGUCAAGGAUCUCUCUGUAAUAUAAUGCCACAGAGUAAUACAUUUAUGGAAUCUAUAAUAGAGGAGUUUAAAUGCUGGUUGUAAAAUGUGUAAAGUGCAAAAACAUAUUCUGUUUUGCAUUAUCUGAUCACGCAGGCGAUUGUUAAGUACUGUAUUUACAUGAAUUUGAUAUGACUACGGAAGAAAGUGUAGAAAAUAACUUGAGAGAAGCAUAAUUAAAGAGUUAUAUACUUGCUUACAUGUGAGAAUGACCACUCCAUUAAUUUAUUACUCCGUUUCACUUCUAUGGCCUAAGUAAGUAUUUUGACCUAUAUGAGACACAGUACAUUAAAUUAACAAUUAUUUGUAGUAAGUUUUGUACAUAUUUUUAAUUUUAAGAUAUGCUUUAUCUCAGUGCGGCUUCGUUAACGUUUCUAGAACUUAAUUUAGUGACUUCAUAUUCAUUAUAUUAAAACUAUUCUGAUACCAACUUACAAAGACUUGAUAAUCAGGCCCUUAUAGUUAUCUAUAUAAAGCGAAUUACCUGGGCGACGAAUCUUUACGAAUUUUUGGUGAUAGUCGCUCGGAAACCUAACAUCCUUGUGUGAAAAAACGGUAAACUGUUAGCUGUCGUCUCACUUUUCGAAAAUGCUGUAAUUAUAUAUAAGGAAUAAAUUUCGAAGUAACUCCAAAAAGAAAACAAAUCUUUAAUUCAUUGAGAUCUGAAAUAUCUAGCAUUCAGCGAAAAAGAAAACUGAAUUUCUAAAUGGCUUGCUUAUAUUUUAUUAAGUAAACUGUUCUAUUUUUACUAUACUUUUAAAAACCAGUCUGAGCUUACUGUAAAGGCCUAGUUUAAGAUAUCAUAGCUUAAGGACCAGUUCUAACAUACAAUAUUAUUGAUAACUGUCUUUAAAGUUAAGUGGCGUUCCAAGUGAAAAAAAAAAUCUAUAAUAAAUGUCUUGUAUUUAGAACUGGUCUUUAAUAAAAACUUAACAUUAAAGCGGGUAUUACUCCAUAGGAAACUGAGUCUUAAAGUCACUAUCUACUCGACAUAGAAAGCCUCCUAAUAGAUUUCGCCUGUGAAACAUUAUAUUCUAGUUAACCAAGUCUUGAGGAGAGGGGUAACGCGAAGUGUAGUAGUGCGGUAGUGACAUGUGCAACGACUUAUAAGUUUUGUAAAGGAUACACAUUGGCGUAGGGGUGUUAAUAAAGUAAAUAGUAUCGCGAACUAUUGCUGAAGCAGUACACCUAUCUAAUCAAUUGUGUAGGGUGAUUUUAGGUACUAGCCCGCCACACCUUCCCUGCAUGGCAACUCUUAUAACCCGGGAUCUACAAAGUCGGUGUAAAGGUUCCUUGUUUUGUAAUGCCCGCGUUUAAAAAUAUACCAAUGACAUGAUAUCGCGUAAUUAUAGAUUAAAUAAGACUGUAUCCCCACUACAGGACAUUUUGUCUUCUACUUUUUUAAUUAUUAUGUCAAGCUAAAUAAGGCGAUAAAAAUACAUUUAAUUGCUAUUACUGGUCAUUUGAUUACAAAAUUAUGCAUUACGUUUGACAGCUCUCUGAUGUUGCCAUAUUUUUUUUAAGAGUUUGGCAAAUAAAUUUUAAAAACAUU